AUGUCUGACAACGAUGAAGACAAUGUUUCAAACAUCUUUAACCAUCCAGCCCCAAGUCAGAUCAAUGAUGAAAACAACAGAUCCACCAACGAGCCGAAAGAGACUGAACAUUCCAAACUCUUUGACUGCGAUGAAUUGGGAUUUGAUCAAGAUCGAGCCAAGUCAGAUCAAUGUAUGGCAGAUCCUGAUGAUCCGAUGGACUCUCUGAUUGAAGAGCUUCAAAACGAUUUCCACCUCAAUGAUCACUUUGGUCCACUUGCUUCCAAAGCUGUUAAGUGA